UGGCUGGGCAGAAUAGAGAAUAGUAUUAGACCUUUAGACGGCGUGGUCUUGACCUUGAUAUUGAAUAGACGAUAGAGAAUAAUAAUACGUGUGAAAUGCCUGUUUACAAGAAGAAAACAAAUAAAAAACGCGGUACAAGAAAUGCAGGGGUUAAAAAUAAUACGAAAAGGCAAGUGGGAAAAACUUUGGUGAGCAAGGAUGACGAUAGCGAGAGACAUGAGCGUGAAAAUCAAAAGUCUUCGUCCUCGCGUAGAAGAGAAGCUUUAAGGAUGAAAACUCCUACGGCGACACAAGUUUUCAGAAACUAUGAUGACGAAGAACAAGCUCGUAUACGUGAAUAUGUAACUUGUAUAUCGUCUGAUGAAGAAAGAUCUGAUGAAAUCCGAACAGAAUCGCAAUUACCAGUAAGUGAAAAGAAUGCUCAAGAAUCUAAAGACUUCCUUGAUUCAUUUAAAAAUCUAAAAAUAACUCAUCAUACGGACAGAAUGACAAGAUCUCGUUCACAGAGUUUAUCAAUUAAUAUAACAGAAACAGAAAAAGAAUUAAUUUUAAAGCUUGAAAAACUCUCCGAAAGAGCUUCUAGUGCAUUAACUUCCACUAAAAAGCAAGGUCUGAUCUCAACUCCUCUAAGGCAGACUCGUCGCAAUUCUGCGGCUUCAAAUGUUGGAACCGACGGUUUUUGCAUACCUCAUGGAACUCCGACCUCGAGUAGAACACGUCGUAAUUUUAAAACCCAAUCACCAGUCAAAAGAACGAGACAUCUUCGAGAGCGCAAAAGCGUAAAUUAUUACAAAGAUCAGUCGUAUUCUAUCGAUGAAAAGCCAUCAGUAGCUAAACCAAAAGUUAAAAAAGAUUACGAAUGUCAUGAGAAGGAACUAUUUGAGACACCGAGAAAAAGCGGCAGGCUGCAGGGUGGCACACCAAGUGGAAAAAAACUUGCUGCUGUGAAUGAAGAAAUCACUGAAAAUGAUCCUUUGUCCUUAGAAGAUUUGACUCGUAAUAGCCAAGAGAAACUCGCCGGAAAACGAGGUAGUCCUAAGAAACGUAAAAGCACAAUUGCCAUCACCCCAACUACCAAAAGCCGAACACCGAGUACAAAAACAAAUAAAACAACACAACGUUCAACUCCUGGUAGAAAAAAAAUCAUUCUUAAAAGCUUUUAUGUAGAAAUCUAA